UUAUCAUUGGCUAUGGACGAAGAAAGGAGUCCACAGAAUGAUAGAGUGGUGCUCAAUAUUUCGGAAGAUAAACACAAGCGCGUUUUAUGGUCUGGUAAAGUGGACUUUGUUCUUGCGUGUAUUGGGAAUGCAGUUGGACUGGGGAAUAUUUGGAGAUUUCCAUAUUUGUGCUACAAAAAUGGAGGAGGGGCGUUCCUGGUACCCUAUUUGAUCAUGAUUGUCUGUGGAGGACUGCCCAUCAUGUUACUCGAGUUUGGCCUUGGUCAAUAUAUGUCCAGAGGAGGUCUGAAGUGCUGGGUCAUCUGUCCAUUGUUUCAAGGUAUUGGGAUAUCGACCCUCAUCAUCGUCUUCUUAGGCAGUUGUUAUUAUGUAGUGAUUCUGGCUUGGGGGCUCUACUACCUCUACAUGAGUACGAGUUCAAUCUUACCGUGGAGUGUCUGUACCAAUGAGUGGAACACUGACAGAUGUGCAUUAUCCAGUCAGGAGUUACACACCCGUCUGUGUUUGAGCGAUAUCAGCCUUAAUACCUCUAUAAACAUUGGGAAACUGGAGAAUCUAACUCACAAGAAUGACACUUUCUACCACGGCAACCACAGUUUCUCCACCGCAAACUGUUCCGUAGACAACAUUUACCCCGUGGAUCCUGCUGUCGAGUUUUGGGAAAACCAGGUGAUCCAGAUUUCUAGUGGUAUAGAAGAUGGGGUUGGAAUUGUACCUCACCUGGCCAUAUGUCUGUUAGUGAUGUGGGUAGUCGUCUAUUUCUGUGUUUGGAGAGGUGUAAAAUGGACUGGGAAGGUUGUUUACUUCACGGCCACCUUUCCUUACGUAAUUCUGCUGAUAUUAUUGGUGCGUGGAGUUACCCUUCCAGGAGCCGCAAAAGGAAUAGAAUAUUUUCUCAAACCAGACUUCACACGUCUGAAGGAUGCACAGGUAUGGAUGGAUGGGGGGUCUCAGGUGUUCUUUUCUGCAGCUGUUGCCAUAGGAGCCAUGAUAACUCUUGGAAGUUAUAACAAGUUUAAUACAGAUUUUUAUAAGUGUACACUUUUCGUGGCGGCUGUGAACAGCGGGACAAGUAUCCUUGGUGGCUUUGUCGUGUUCUCUGUUCUGGGGUUCAUGGCGCAUCAACAGAAUCUCGACAUAGAUCAAGUCGCUGAAUCCGGACCGGGUCUAGUGUUUAUAGUGUAUCCGAAGGCUAUUUCCCAGAUGCCUCUACCACACCUUUGGUCAAUUCUUUUCUUUUUUAUGCUAUUUUUGAUCGGGAUCGACAGUCAGUUUGUGAUGACAGAAUCAGCUAUGGGACACGUGAGCGAUAUGUUUCCUCGUCUGUUCUACAAGGUCAAGGGCAGAAUGAUAUUGUCGGCUGUAGCCUGUGUGAUCUGGUUCACCAUCGGUCUUUCAAUGGUAUCACGGGGAGGGAUGUAUGUGUUCCAGCUGUUUGAUUACUACUCGGCCUCUGGUAUGGUUCUGCUCUGGGUUUGCUUCUGGGAGGCUAUCGUCAUUGGAUGGAUAUUCGGGGCGGAUAAAUUCUACGACGCCAUUGAGUUGAUGAUUGGAUACAGAAUACCAAGGCUGUUCCACUAUUGUUGGAGAUACAUUACACCUGUAGUAUCAGCGGGAAUUUUUGCAUUUCAAGUGGUGACGUUUAAACCACUCAAGUACAAUAACGUGUAUGACUAUCCACCCUGGGCUCAAUGCUUUGGACUGAUGCUAGCUCUGGUAUCCAUGUGCUGCAUACCUAUCUACGUGAUCUUUAAACUCUUGUUUCUAAAGGGCUCCUUCAGAGAGCGCCUACGGACGUCAAUUAAGCCACACUUAACAAGAAAGCAACUUUGUGAAGAGUGGAUGAUAAAAGAUGAAAGCUUAUUGAUACAGAAAAAUCAUUUCUAGAAUGUUAUAUUGCCUUACAUGUAUUGAAUGUUAAUAGUCUACUUUUUACGGUAAAUGAUUAAUAAUCUCAAUCUUUGUCAUUAUGAUAUGCAUUUUGCCAGGCUUGCUCGUAUUGUCAGUGUGCAUCUUCUGGACACAAAUUAAACUUUCAUGCAAAACUUGGA